UUAUCAAUCUGGUGGAAGAUAAUGGAGUGACCCCAGAACAAUAUCUCUCUGAUGUGUCAUCUUGGCUUUCGAAUUCGUGUUACCUUUUGUGAUGCUUCAUCAUUCGAACCUGCAUUUCAAGCAAAACUCACAAGGGGCGUGACUGCAAAUGGGUGCUCGGACUUGCUCGACCUGCUCGUCUACGUCGUAAAAUAGAAUGAAAGGUGGGUGAAAAGUGAACUUUUGACUACGGUAGAGGAUGCAUACGCCCUCUCGAUACCUAAUAGAGAUGAAUUCGUGUCUUGCCACAGCUUCAAAGGACGUGAUUGUUCCAAAGGUCAUCAGCAUGCUGGACCAAGUUUAGUAAACAAUGCCUAUCAUGAGACAUCUCGGCCUGACGAAGCAACAGACAACGGCCGGCGCACAUUGCACAAAAAAGUCUGGUUAUUUUCCAGCAACGACAAAAUGCAUUGCAGCUUUGAUGAUGUGUGCCAAAGUGUGGACAAAGCGACAAGCAUAGUAUGAGGUCUUCUGUCGGAGCUUACACGAUUAGUCGCACUGCAAUGUCUCUGUCGCCGUUCAUUUGUUGGUACAUGGUUCCUGGCUGUCAUGCCGAGCUGCAUUGGUGCGGACCAUGUUUAGUAUGUCUGGUCACGCCGUACUGGUGAAUAAUUCCGUCACACCAACAAUUACCGACGUCCUGUGCGAUCUUAGUUGAGGCAUAUUAAACGUUGGGACCAAUGCCUGUCGCCGAGAUGUUAGGCCCGCGUCUGAUCACACACCGCGUCUUCUGAGAGCGAACAGGAUCUUCCAUCGCGUAAACCAAAAACACGUCCAAGGAAACACCUUCGAAGAUGGCGUCGGCGAAAUUAACAUUCCUGCACACAGUAAACAACUUUGCGGUAGUGGGCUUGUUGAUCACCCCUAUGGUGGUGAACUACUGGCGGGGGACGUGGGGACUCAUGGACCAGUUCCUCCUGCCGCAGGAUCUCAUUUACAGCCCCUGGGUCUCCGUGGCGAUCGGCAUCCCCCUCCUGCUGCUCCUCAACCUGCUGCAGUCCCCACUCCGGCGCCUCGUCGGCAGGAUCGACUCCUGCGUGCUUCAACACGCCUGUCACAUCCUCUACAUCUACGUGCACGGUUUCGCAAACGUCAACCACUGGCGGGGCGUCUGGAAGCUACUGGACGGGUACGCGGGCAUCAACGUCCCCAGCGUCAUCGUCUGCACUGUCCUCGCCAUAGCGGUGAAGACCGUGAUGCGAACACUGUACAAUCUUCUGGCUCCGCCGAUCCUGGUAGCGACGGAUUUCAGACCGACCACAGAACCCAGAAGUCCAAGAAGGGUCCCAGGUGAACCAGAUACAGAUGGACAAUGUACCAGGAAAGACUGCCAACGCUGUGUAGCGGACAUCGUGAUGGACGACAUGGUUCAACAGUCUAUCACACAAUGA